UAUCGACAAACACAUCCAACUUCAUUUGAUUUUCGCUCUGUAUAUCUUGUCAGAGAGAGUGAAAAAAAUAAUAUUGACAGUUUGAAGAUAAAAUUUUUGCAGACGAUUUGUUUUGUGUGUUCACUUUGUAAAUUCUUUUUAAAAGCAUUAAAAUAACUUAAAGAACAAUGAAUUCUAGCAUAAGUAUAGAACGAAAGCGCGUAGAUUGCAAUUCAUUACCAAAAGGCUGGCAGCGAGAAGAGGCACUCCGGAAAUCUGGUAUAUCAGCUGGUAAAGUUGAUGUUUUCUAUUACAGCCGCGCACCACGUACAGACGCGUCUCUGGUACCGCCCAUACGUCAAACCGCAUCGAUUUUCAAACAACCAGUCACUGUAAUGCGUAAUCAUGAGCAUACGAAAGUACGUAAUGACACUAGCAAGCAGACAAGUGGUCAAGAGAAACCGAAGCAAAUGUUUUGGGAAAAACGAUUAGAGGGUCUACGUGCUUGUCAUCAAACUGGUGAGGAGUUUGAUGAUAUCGUGUUGCCCAAAAGUAUACGAACCAUCGGCCCGAAUGUUAAUGAGCAGACUGUACUACAAUCAUUGGCUACUGCUCUGCAUGUACUUAAUGUACCUGUAAUGGGCCAAGCUUCAACAAAGACUGAGAUGAAUAAAAAUGCCACAGCAUUUUUGAAUCCUGAACAACCGCUUAUGCAAGCUGUCCUGGUAUCCGAUGAGGAUAUACGACGGCAAGAGGAUCGAGUUAGCGUAGCUAGAAAAAAGCUACAAGAUGCGCUCAAGGCUUAAGUAAACCCUUUCACACCGAAGUUUUUUUAUCUUUAGAUUUUAAUGUGUCCUAAAAUAGUUUUAUUCAUAUAAAAUACUAUACAAAUGAAAUUUUAAGCUAGAUCAGAGAAGAUGUAUACAUAGUUUUAUACAAAUUAAAUUAUGGUAAAUUAAAACCUCUUGAUUUUCUCUCAAAUAA